AAGUUGACUGACUUUCACUUUAUUUCCUUCAUUUGGAACAGAAUUUAACUGCUCAGUUAGCUCUGCUAUUUUAUUUUCAUGAUAAGGUUUUAAUAACUCAUACGAAAAGUAUGCAUUCAUAAUCGGGCUGCUAUCAUUUAUCUUUGCGUUAACAGGCAAGUGCAUUAACCGGAAGUUUGACAUUUCGUCGUGAGAGGGCGCAGACCGCCGUAAUCAUAGCAUGAUCAUCACAUGAGCAAAUUAUUUCAGAAAUUGUAGUUAUUUAAUCAAUGCGCCUUGGUUAAAUGGAAGUGAGAAAUGCACAUAAUGUUAGAUACUUUAUGGAGUGAAACGUUAGUUUACUUGAAUUCUUUCUCCAUAGGAUGGUAGUAGUUGGGUGCCCUACAACAUACGCCCCCUUGUGAAAGUGAAAGUAGAAUUUCGAACAGAAGCAAUGGCAGAUUUUCUGGCUGAAAACAAUCCUUGCGGCCAAAAUAUUUUGCGAUUAGUUUCAAGAGGAAAUGCGAUCAUUGCAGAGCUGCGCCGUUUAGCGGAUUUUAUACCCCCAGUUUUUAAACUUGAAACACAACAAGACAAAUUAAGAUACGGGGAUAUAAUUUUUGAUUUCGCUUAUUUUAAAAGCCAAGAGUUUUAUGACAACAGGAUUGAUAGCAAACCCGAACUCCAAGAUCUGGAUGAAGAAUUUCGUGAAAACCAUAUAGAUAUAUUGACCAGAUUUUAUCAAGCAUUUGCCAGUGUUCAUAAAUAUGUGGUGGAUUUAAACAGAUUCUUAGAGGAUUUAGAUGAAGGAGUUUACAUACAGCAGACUUUAGAGAGUGUCCUUCUCAAUGAUGAUGGAAAGCAGCUUAUGUGUGAGUCCCUCUUCCUCUAUGGUGUGAUGUUGAUCAUCAUUGAUAACAAGAUAGAAGGCACAGUCAGGGAGCGGAUCCUAGUUUCCUAUUACAGAUAUAGUGCACAGAAGGCAGCUGCUGGAGACUCAAACAUUGAUGAUGUCUGUAAACUGUUGUGUGGUACUGGAUUCCAGAAUACUGCUACUGCACGGAGGCCUCCAAAUUACCCAGAAUCCUAUUUCAACCGAGUUCCCAUAAACCCAGAGUUUGUGAAUAUGGUGAUUGGUCGUUUACGGUCAGAUGACAUCUACAAUCAAAUCUCAGCCUACCCUCUCCCCGAGCACCGGUCCACAGCAUUAGGCACACAGGCCAGCAUGCUGUAUAUCAUUUUAUACUUUGACCCAGAUAUUCUUCACAACCAGCAGGCAAAAAUGAGAGAGAUUGUAGAUAAACAUUUUCCAGAUAAUUGGGUGAUUGGUGUAUACAUGGGUAUGACUGUCAAUCUACUGGAUGCGUGGGCCCCAUACAGAGCUGCCUGUACUGCGCUGAACAACACUCUAGAGGUCUCCAAUGUCAGGGAGCAGUCUGUGAAGUAUGCCACAAAGAUGCAAAAGUUGAUGACUCCCUUGGACAAAUACCUUAAGGAAGGAGUACUGACUGAGGAAUUUGUUUUGGAUAACAUUCCUAAAAUGAUGAAUGUCCUCCGGGACAGUAAUGUAGCUCUGCGGUGGCUGAUGUUACACAGCUCAGGACUCUCCCCCAGUGCUGAACAGAACAAGAGAUGUAAAACCCUGAGAGAACAAGUCCUGACAGACUCCAAGUACAACCCUCUGGCUGUCUUCCAGCUUCUUCUGAACACAGGACAAUUUGAAUUCAAACUGAAAGAGAUGUUCAAGCAAAUGUUGAUGGACAAGCAGCAGAAGUGGGAGGACCACAAGAUAGAAGGAAGUGAACGAAUGGCGGAGCUUGGAGAAGUGUUUUCAGGGACCAAACCACUCACCAGAGUGGAGAGAAAUGACAAUCUACAAGCAUGGUUUACAGAAAUGGCCAAACAGAUUUCCUCUCUCAAUUAUGAUGAUUCUACAACUGCUGGACGAAAAAUUGUGCAGCUUAUUCAGGCUCUGGAAGAAGUCCAAGAGUUUCACCAGCUGGAAAAUAAUCUACAAGUGAAGCAGUUUCUGGCUGAUACCCGGAAGUACCUCCAUCAGAUGAUACGUACGAUCAACAUUAAGGAGGAGGUGCUCAUUACGGUGCAGAUAGUGGGUGAUUUGUCGUACGCCUGGGACAUCAUGGACAGCUACACUAUGUACAUGCAACAAGGCAUCAAAAAGGACCCCUCCCUCGUCAUAAAACUACGAGCCACAUUUCUUAAGAUGGCCUCAGCCCUGGACUUACCCCUGCUGAGAGUUAACCAAGCCAAUAGUCCCGAUCUUCUCAGUGUGUCACAGUAUUACUCAGGAGAACUGGUGGCUUACGUCAGAAAAGUUUUACAGAUCAUUCCUCAGACCAUGUUUGGACUUCUAGCUAAAAUCAUCCACCUACAGACGACACAGAUCAAGGAAGUUCCCACCAGGCUGGAGAAAGACAAAAUGAAGGAGUUCGCGCAACUGGAUGAAAGAUACGAGGUAGCCAAACUCACACAUGCCAUUUCAGUUUUUACAGAAGGAAUUUUGAUGAUGAAAACAACAUUAGUAGGCAUAAUAAAGAUAGAUCCUAAGCAGCUUUUAGAAGACGGAAUACGUAAAGAACUGGUGCAGCAGGUAGCCCUGGCUCUGCAUAGAGGACUGAUGUUUAAUCCGAAGGCUAAGGUGAGUGAGCUGAUGCCACGUCUGCAAAGCCUCGGAGAAACCAUGGAUGGCUUUAGAAGGUCUUUUGAGUACAUUCAGGACUAUGUCAAUAUUUACGGGUUGAAGAUCUGGCAGGAGGAGGUGUCGAGGAUCAUUAAUUACAAUGUAGAACAGGAGUGUAACAGCUUUCUCAGGACAAAGAUUUUGGAUUGGCAGAGUAUGUACCAGUCCACAGCUAUCCCCAUUCCAAGAUUUUCCCCUGUUGAUGAGAGUGUCAACUUCAUUGGAAGACUGGCAAGAGAAAUUAUCAGGAUCACUGAUCCAAGAGUCACAGCAUAUAUUGACCAAAUGAAGGCCUGGUAUGAUGUCAAGACCAAAUCUGAACAAGUUAAUAGAACACUUUUUCAAAAGUUACAGAAGUCAGUGGGAAGUUUCGGCUUGGCAGGACUGGACCGUUUGCUGUGUUUUAUGAUUGUAAAGGAACUCCAGACAUUUCAAGGAAUGUGUACCAGACUAUUGAACAAUGCCAAAGACAGACAAUAUCAUGACCUUUUAGAUUCCUUCUCAAAGAGUCUAGGGCAUGUGAAGGCAGUCGUAGCCCACCCACAGAAAUUGUAUGCUAGCAUGAUGUCAAAAAUGGUGAAAAUAUGGCCAUCAUUUCUUGAUAUUAUCUUAAAGGUUGGACAGAUGCAGUUGCUUAGAAGACAGAUCGGACAUGAAUUAAACACAUCCUGCAAAUUUGACUCAAAAAUAUUUUCUGGUGCCCUACAAGCCAUGAAUGAUGCUCUGAUAGCAGACAUUGAGAGGCAUUAUCAAGAUCCUACUUUACCCUACCCCAAAGAAGAAAACCCUCUGAUGUUUGAAUUAUCCUCCUAUUUGGAAUCAGCUGGUUUUCAUGACCCACUAAAAAAGAUAUAUGUAACUACAAAACGGCUGCCAUUUUUUUCUUUCUUCAACUUCUUGUUAGUGAUAUCCCAUCUUCCCAAACUGGCAUACAGCAAAACCAUUAGUGGCAUGGUGAGUAAGAAGGCCACGGACCCCCUGGAUGGGCCUCCCUUCGUGAUUGGUUGUCUGACUCUACUGAAGCAGUAUCAUAAAGAGAACACGGACAUAUUCCUAGCUUUCUUAGGACAGUAUGCCAGGUCUUUGGUGGACACGCUACCAGGGUCCAAGACACAGGAGGGGUCCCAAGAGGUCCUCAAUGUCCUUGUAUUCCUGGAAGACUUUAUCUUUUACAGUGGACUAUCAAGAAAGGUGAUAGAGGGCCAUGUUCCGAGUUACAUGUUUGAUGAGUUCAGGAGCCAGUUUGCACAAUAAGGAGUGAAAACAAGAACAUCUGGAUGUGCAAUAAUAGACAUUUAUAUUUUAUGCAUGUAUUGUUACACAAUGUUAAGAAACUAUUUUUGACAGAAAAAUAUUAAAUGAUUUAAAUCAGGCAAAA